UGAGGUGGGGCUGAUCUCCCUUCCGCCUCCCGGGAACCCCAGUCCUCGCCAGCGUCGUCAGGAGGAUUCCUUGCCCUAAUUAUCCCGGGAGGAAGACGCGCCUUUCCCGGAGACCGCUAGGCAACACUCACCAAGGCAGCCUCCAGAUUACUUCCCUCCGUGGGUGUGUGACUUCGUCGAAGCAACUCACACUUACAGUAGAUUCUCACUGGCGAGGUUGCGAGCAGCAGAGGGCGGGGGAGCUGGGAAGAGGAGGAGGGAAGGAGGGUGGGAGGCGCUGAGCUGGGAGGCAGAGGAGACGCCGGAGCUCCAGACACAGCAGGAGCUCGCCUUGGCGGUGCAGUUUCAACCUCGACUUCGCAGCCGCGCACACACCGCCUGCUCCCCGAGCAGCGGGAACCGCAGCAGCUCCUGGGCCGCCGCAGCGCAGCUCCGCGCUCCUACCGGCCGGCCGCCGUCAGUCCCUCCCCUCGUCAGCACUCAGCCCGCAGCUAUUUCCUUCUGCCAGGCUCUUUGAACUCUGGAUCUUUGCUUUUGCUCGCUGCUCUCCUGUUUUUCAUUCUCCACAUUUUCUCAAGUCCUCUUUCUUUAUCCUUAGCCACCCUGCUUUUUUCCUCCUUUUUUAAAAAAUCGGAGAUUUCGUCUUAAAAUGAUUUGUCUUCCUUACCUUCGUCCAUUUCAACACUGAAGACUGCAAAGAACCUUCACCUUUCCCCUAGUGGUAUUUAAAAAUUCUCAAUCCGUAAAAAGUCUUUUUGAAAGGCAAAGGAACAGGACCCAGGACCCUCUCGACACCCUUGAUCCGAGUCCAGAUCUGCACUAGCAACCAGAACUAAUAUUUCAUUUAACCCCACCAAAGGGGGAGGCGAGAGGAGCCAGAAGCAAACUUCAGCUGUCUCAGCCGGAUCCGUGGUUCCCACAUUUGGAGGAGCCGCGUGCCAGAAGGCGUAGGACCCCAAGGGGGGACAAGGAGGACUCCCGAGUCUCCCUUCGCCGCUCCGCGAGGCCGAAGCGGUGGACUGAGCCGCUCGGGACAGCGGCACCGGAGGAGGCUCGGAGAAGAUGCGGGGCUCGGGGCCCCGGGGUGCGGGACGCCGGCGGCCCCCAAGCGGCGGCGGCGACACCCCCAUCACCCCAGCGUCCCUGGCCGGCUGCUACUCUGCACCUCGACGGGCUCCCCUCUGGACGUGCCUUCUCCUGUGCGCCGCACUCCGGACCCUCCUGGCCAGCCCCAGCAACGAAGUGAAUUUAUUGGAUUCACGCACUGUCAUGGGGGACCUGGGAUGGAUUGCUUUUCCAAAAAAUGGGUGGGAAGAGAUUGGUGAAGUGGAUGAAAAUUAUGCCCCUAUCCACACAUACCAAGUAUGCAAAGUGAUGGAACAGAAUCAGAAUAACUGGCUUUUGACCAGUUGGAUCUCCAAUGAAGGUGCUUCCAGAAUCUUCAUAGAACUCAAAUUUACCCUGCGGGACUGCAACAGCCUUCCUGGAGGACUGGGGACCUGUAAGGAAACCUUUAAUAUGUAUUACUUUGAGUCAGAUGAUCAGAAUGGGAGAAACAUCAAGGAAAACCAAUACAUCAAAAUUGAUACCAUUGCUGCCGAUGAAAGCUUUACAGAACUUGAUCUUGGUGACCGUGUUAUGAAACUGAAUACAGAGGUCAGAGAUGUAGGACCUCUAAGCAAAAAGGGAUUUUAUCUUGCUUUUCAAGAUGUUGGUGCUUGCAUUGCUCUGGUUUCUGUGCGUGUAUACUAUAAAAAAUGCCCUUCUGUGGUACGACACUUGGCUGUCUUCCCUGACACCAUCACUGGAGCUGAUUCUUCCCAAUUGCUCGAAGUGUCAGGCUCCUGUGUCAACCAUUCUGUGACCGAUGAACCUCCCAAAAUGCACUGCAGCGCCGAAGGGGAGUGGCUGGUGCCCAUCGGGAAAUGCAUGUGCAAGGCAGGAUAUGAAGAGAAAAAUGGCACCUGUCAAGUGUGCAGACCUGGGUUCUUCAAAGCCUCACCUCACAUCCAGAGCUGCGGCAAAUGUCCACCUCACAGUUAUACCCAUGAGGAAGCUUCAACCUCUUGUGUCUGUGAAAAGGAUUAUUUCAGGAGAGAGUCUGAUCCACCCACAAUGGCAUGCACAAGACCCCCCUCUGCUCCUCGGAAUGCCAUCUCAAAUGUUAAUGAAACUAGUGUCUUUCUGGAAUGGAUUCCGCCUGCUGACACUGGUGGAAGGAAAGACGUGUCAUAUUAUAUUGCAUGCAAGAAGUGCAACUCCCAUGCAGGUGUGUGUGAGGAGUGUGGCGGUCAUGUCAGGUACCUUCCCCGGCAAAGCGGCCUGAAAAACACCUCUGUCAUGAUGGUGGAUCUACUCGCUCACACAAACUAUACCUUUGAGAUUGAGGCAGUGAAUGGAGUGUCCGACUUGAGCCCAGGAACCCGGCAGUAUGUGUCUGUAAAUGUAACCACAAAUCAAGCAGCUCCAUCUCCAGUCACCAAUGUGAAAAAAGGGAAAAUUGCAAAAAACAGCAUCUCUUUGUCUUGGCAAGAGCCAGAUCGCCCCAAUGGAAUCAUCCUAGAGUAUGAAAUCAAGUAUUUUGAAAAGGACCAAGAGACCAGCUACACGAUUAUCAAAUCUAAAGAGACAACUAUUACUGCAGAGGGCUUGAAACCAGCUUCAGUUUAUGUCUUCCAAAUUCGAGCACGUACAGCAGCAGGCUAUGGUGUCUUCAGUCGAAGAUUUGAGUUUGAAACCACCCCAGUGUCAGUUGCAGCAUCCAGCGAUCAAAGCCAGAUUCCUAUAAUUGCUGUGUCUGUGACAGUGGGAGUCAUUUUGUUGGCAGUGGUUAUCGGCGUCCUCCUCAGUGGAAGUUGCUGCGAAUGUGGCUGUGGGAGGGCUUCUUCCCUGUGCGCUGUUGCCCAUCCAAGCCUAAUAUGGCGGUGUGGCUACAGCAAAGCAAAACAAGAUCCAGAAGAGGAAAAGAUGCAUUUUCAUAAUGGGCACAUUAAACUGCCAGGAGUAAGAACUUACAUUGAUCCACAUACCUAUGAGGAUCCCAAUCAAGCUGUCCACGAAUUUGCCAAGGAGAUAGAAGCAUCAUGUAUCACCAUUGAGAGAGUUAUUGGAGCAGGUGAAUUUGGUGAAGUUUGUAGUGGACGUUUGAAACUACCAGGAAAAAGAGAAUUACCUGUGGCUAUCAAAACCCUUAAAGUAGGCUAUACUGAAAAGCAACGCAGAGAUUUCCUAGGUGAAGCAAGUAUCAUGGGACAGUUUGAUCAUCCUAACAUCAUCCAUUUAGAAGGUGUGGUGACCAAAAGUAAACCAGUGAUGAUCGUGACAGAGUAUAUGGAGAAUGGCUCUUUAGAUACAUUUUUGAAGAAAAACGAUGGGCAGUUCACUGUGAUUCAGCUUGUUGGCAUGCUGAGAGGUAUCUCUGCAGGAAUGAAGUACCUUUCUGACAUGGGCUAUGUGCAUAGAGACCUUGCUGCUAGAAACAUCUUAAUCAACAGCAACCUUGUGUGCAAAGUGUCUGACUUUGGACUUUCCCGGGUACUGGAAGAUGAUCCCGAGGCAGCCUACACCACAAGGGGAGGAAAAAUUCCAAUCAGAUGGACUGCCCCAGAAGCAAUAGCUUUCCGAAAGUUUACUUCUGCCAGUGAUGUCUGGAGUUAUGGAAUAGUAAUGUGGGAAGUUGUGUCUUAUGGAGAGAGACCCUACUGGGAGAUGACCAAUCAAGAUGUGAUUAAAGCAGUAGAGGAAGGCUAUCGUCUGCCAAGCCCCAUGGAUUGUCCUGCUGCUCUCUAUCAGUUAAUGCUGGAUUGCUGGCAGAAAGACCGAAAUAGCAGGCCCAAGUUUGAUGAAAUAGUCAACAUGUUGGACAAGCUGAUACGUAACCCAAGUAGUCUGAAGACACUGGUUAAUGCAUCCUGCAGAGUAUCUAAUUUAUUGGCAGAACAUAGCCCACUAGGAUCUGGGGCCUACAGAUCAGUAGGUGAAUGGCUAGAGGCAAUCAAGAUGGGCCGGUAUACAGAGAUUUUCAUGGAAAAUGGAUACAGUUCAAUGGACGCUGUGGCUCAGGUGACCUUGGAGGAUUUGAGACGGCUUGGAGUGACUCUUGUUGGUCACCAGAAGAAGAUCAUGAACAGCCUUCAAGAAAUGAAGGUGCAGCUGGUAAACGGAAUGGUGCCAUUGUAACUUCAUGUAAAUGUCGCUUCUUCAAGUGAAUGAUUCUGCACUUUGUAAACAGCACUGAGAUUUAUUUUAACAAAAAAAGGGGGAAAAGGGAAACAGUGAUUUCUAAACCUUAGAAAACAUUUGCCUCAGCCACAGAAUUUGUAAUCAUGGUUUUACUGAAGUAUCCAGUUCUUAGUCCUUAGUCUUCAUUUUUCAUGAAGCAAACAUAUCUUGCAUUAAAAGGGACAUGAGGUUAGACAUCAUCUUAAGUUACAACAACAGAAUCCUUCCCACUACUUCUACAAAAUUUUGUACAUGAAAUAUAUAAUUAUAUAGCACUUUUAUAGACCGAAUUAAGGCAACCCCUUUCAAAACUUCCAGGGAUCUACUUGAAAGGAAAUGUUUUAUAGCCAUUUGUGAGCUAACAAAAGCUACAGUUUACUGAAGUUUACUUCAAGUCUUAAUUGUCUACAAAAGUGUAUUGAAGAGCAAUAUGAUUAGAUUAUUUCUUAAUAGAUAUCUUCUUUUGUAAUUUUAAAAUGCUGUUACACAGCGUUAAGUUAUAGAAACUAGUGUAUAAACAUGUUGCUUGAUCAAGAAAAAGUACAAUACAGGGUGUAUAUUUAUUUUUUGUGUUAUAAAAUUUACUUUUAGUUGCUCUUCUAGAGAUUAUUAGGUAAUAAAUGUGUAUAUACUGUAUAAUUUGCAAUAUACCCAGGAACUGAUUUAAGAUGGAAUUGUGUGUGUGUUUGCUUGCACAUGUGUGUGUUACCAUUCUGCUUGCAUUUCUAAUAGUGUUUCAAUUUUAGCAACAUAGGAGCAAGUGUUUCAGAAUGUAAUAUGAAUAGGAGAAAUAGGGAAGCAGUAAAACAAAAUUUAACACAAGCUUGUGUCUCUUUUCCUCUCAUGUGUCCAAAAGCUAAUCUCUUUAUUCACUAAAAGGAAAUGUGUAUAAGACUAAAUCCCCUUUGGCUUUUUAAAAACAUUUUGUGAUAUCAGUGACAAUGCAGUUCUUCUAGCCAUUAAUCUUGUACCCCUGUAAGAAAUUUCAUCUUUCUGAGUCCUGAAAAGUAUCUUGUCAAGCAAAGUUGACACCAAAGGGCACAUUUUCAGCAGGAUGUAGAAGGAUUUAACUGUGCAGGCUUCUGUUAAUGUUGUUAAAUCCAGGCACAUAGCACGAAGCAUCACCCUUAAGUGUUAAUCCUUUGUAACCAUUCCCAUUUUGACUCAGUUCUAGAAAUUUUGACUCUAAGGCAGCAAUGGAAUUAUGACAAAUAUAUAUAUAUAUACGUACACACACACACAAAUAUAUAUAUAUGCUUCUUUCCCUUCAGAAUUUUAUUUCAAUAAUUGAUAAGUUUUAUUUUUAAUGGAUGUUUAUUCAUUUGUUAAUUUCAGUUUAUAUUCAGUUACAUGGCUUUGAGUUUAUUUUAUUGAACCAAUCCAAGGUAUUAUGUAAUUAGGCUUAUUAAGGAAUAUAACAUAUCUUCUAUGUAUGCUCUAUAUACCACACAUGAUGAAGACUUAUAUUUGUCAUACAAAUUAUGCAGUGUAUUAGAAAUUGUCCAAAACUGAGCUCCUGAGAUAACCAACAUUUUUGUAUUAUUAUACUUUAUAAAAAUUAUGGAAUGUCAUGUGAUUAUUCAAAAAGCAGAGCAUUUAAAUAAAAUACAGCCUACUCAUGAUUAUCAAUGUUAAUAGUACAGUAGAUCAGAGAAGCCUGGAUUAAUGAAAUUUAUCAGAAAUAUAGCCACGUUAUAUUAAUGGUAUUCUUUUUUCCAAGCACUUGUUUUAUUUGAAUGUUAGCACAUAUAAGAAUAAACUUUUGGGAAAUAACUACUUCCUAUUCUGCCCACCCUUUACUUAAGCAGUAAAGUAUCUCUUUUCUAAAGAACCAGGAAACAUCAAAAUAACCACAACAAAAAUCUAAACAGUUUUUAAAUAAUACAUUCAGUUCUCAUAAUAAUAAGGGCUAUAUACAAUGGGUCCACACAAACUGUGCUGCAAACAUAUAAUCUAUUAGUUUAGUGAAAUUUCCAGAGAUGUGAAUUUAAUAUUUUCUUGAUAAAAUCAUAAAAAAGCAUCACCAUUAUUAAAGAUGCAUUCGUUCAUUUCAAUAAACAGAAAUUAAUGAAACAAAUUACUUUUGUACAAAAUAAAUGAUGAUUAUGUGGCACUUUAUUGAAUUUUAUAGAAAUAUUCAAAUCUAAGUGAUAAAGUAACAAUUGAGAAACUUCAGAAUGAAAGCCUUAUUGAUUCAGAAGGAAAAUUACCAUAUGCUUUAGGGCUGAUGAACUUGCCACAAUUGCUUAGACAUAACAAAGAUAUUUUCUACAUUGUUUUCCAACUUUAUAUGCUGAAAGAUAAUUAGGAGGUCCGGGUGGAGUGUAUCUAAAUGACUAGAAUUUUAAGUUGCAAUAUAGAUUUUCUCUUUUUAACAAAGGAAGAAUAUAAAUUAAUUUGGAUCAAAUUUAUUUGCCUUCUUUGCAAUCUUGGUGAUCAUUUUGGAAAGUAAAUUGGAAGGAAAGUUAAAUAGCCACAUAGUUUUCUUUUGCAUCUCAAUUUGGUUGAGAAUUUCUAAGGAAGGUUAAUAUGACUUUAGAAUGAAUAAAGAGACUGUCAAACAACAAGUACUCUCCCUAAAAAAGAGGAAAGAAUGCCUUUCUAAAAUAUUUGUUUCCUAUUGUAUGUCACCAAUUGGAAAAUGCCAAUCUCAUCUGCAAGUGUGAGAAAUGGAACAAGGAGAGGAGGCAACUCUAGUAAAAUGUAGUGAGGCCGUAAUCCAAGGCAAAGUUUAACAAAUCUUGAUUGUGUAAUUUCUUAUUCUGUUGAUUCAUUUUGUCACCCACCAGACUACCAAAAAUAAAGCACAGACAUGACAAUUUUAGUAUAUACAACAGAUUUGGCAAAUAAUACAUAAUCUUAUUGUAAUUGCCAGUAGCAAUAUCUUAAGGGGCAUGACUCUUUCACAGUAUUGGACUUUGAAAAAUUGGUACAGGGAGUAAUUUUCAACAGACUGAUACUUGAAGUCACUCAAUUACUACUUUGACCUAUCAUAAUUUGUUUCUAAUCUUGUCAUUUGCUCUUAUAUACUAUUAAUAUAACCAGUUGCUCUUUUCAUAAUGUACUAUUUCUAUGUAAAGAUGUAAAGAUUUUGAUUUUCCUAUGUUUUAAAAUUGCAAUGUGCAUGAUCUUUUAUUUCUUGUGUUUCAAUUACCAAGUCAGUAUUCUAAGGUUGUAAGAUUACUGUAAAAAUUAUAUUCCAAUAUUUUAUCUAAACUUAAGUGUGGCCAGCAUUAUUGGUUUCAGAGUUGCCUAAACAACGCAGAAUAUCCUUAAUUCAGUUUGUAAAAGAGUUUUGACCAGUGUAAAAAAGUGAAGACACAGUUUCAUGUUUCAAGUUUAAAAUGGAAAGUUAAUAUCAUUUGAGCACUUACGUGUUUGCAUGUCUUCUACUUAAUCUGUAUGUGAAAGUAAAAUAUUUUUAACACCAUUAUUUAUGCCAUGUAAAGUGGGUUCUCAGAAGCACAAGCACAGAUAUUUACCUUCUGAAGACAUUUUUGGCUAUAAAAGUGCAUUGGAUGACAAACACUAUUUGAGUCAGGUGUUAGAAAUUUAUUAGAUGUAUUAUAUUACAUAGUAGAAUAAGGUCCCUUUCUCAUUUUGUUUUUCCUAAAAAUAAGAAAAAAAAGAAGAUAAGUGUGAUAGUAAACUGUCUUUGCUAAUGUCCUGCCAGAUGUUUAACUUCAAAGUAAGCAAAAAGUAGGUACAAUAUGAUGAUGAUCCUGAUGAUGAUGAUGAUGAUGAUGAAGAAUAAAUGGAAUCAAAAUGCUAGCUUUAUUUGACAUUAAUAAGUAAAAUAAGUCAUCAUUUUUUCAACUCUGUAGCACAGCUGUUUACAUUGAAUAAUUUUCUCUAUUGUGCUGUUAAUUAUAUAGUAAUGUAUCAAAAGAGAAAUAGGAACUUUAUUUUCAUUUCUUAUUAAUUUAUGAAGAAAUCUUUUCACACAUAAAUGAUUGAAUGUUCUUGUUCAGAAUGACCACAUAAUCAUUGCUUAGAAGAAGACACCAAUUCUUUUAAAAGAAAAAAAGUCUGUUUAUAAUAAUCAGAAUCAAAUGUUGUUUGUUUCUUCUAAACGUUAAUGGAGAAAAUUGAAGGUGGUAAAAUGUCAUGUUUAUUCAGGCUGGAAACUGUAUUCACAGUAGAAGUUUCAGUGGUCAACAUAUCUAUGACUCUUUAGGUUGCUGUAGUUUUACCGUCAUUUUUUUAAAAGUGUGUAGUUACAUUUAUAAGAGCCUGAGAAUACUUAGACUCAGUCAUUUGUUAGUAUUUUUACCAAAAUCUCUUAGUUUCAGACAUGUCAGAAGCAGCUAUAUAGCAUAUCUUAUUCUAUGAUAUACAUCAGGCUAUCUCAAAUUCCUGUCUCACAGUUAAUUCAAAGAAGGAUUAGGAUUUCUGUAUUUUUUCUCAUUUGAAUCUUUAUGUGCAUUUGGUUUGUGUACAUGCUUUUUGUAGUGUAAGAUAUGAAAUUUUAUAUUUUUUCAGAAAAUAAAAACCCUUUGAAUACAGUUACAUCUGAUUGUCAUGCUUGACCCUCUCCAGAAAGUUUAAACUUAUAGCCUUUGUGUAAUGUUUUCAGUUACUUCUAAUAACAAUGUUUCAACUUCUUAUGCUAAAUAUUUUACAGGCCAUCAGCUCCCAUUUUCUUCUAAAACAGAUUCAUGAGCCUGCAUUUAAAUAAUUUUUGCAUAUGGAGAUUAACACUAAAAUUGUAGCACAGGUGCAUUACUGUGUCAAAAUCUAAUUAGAAGUUGAUUUGUGACAGUGUAAUAUAUUAUUUGGAAAAAACAGAAAACUAUGCACACUAUCUGGAAAAAAAAAAAGACUUUUAUUGAUCAGCAUCAGCCCAAGACUAUCUCCUCUCCAUACAUGUGCUUACGGCAUAGAGCGGAAGAGUUGCAUUGUCACAGGAAAAGGUGUCAUUUAGUACAAACACCUCCGCCUUUUUCUGUAAGUAUUGUGUCAUAUUGGUCUCUUUUUGUAAAAAGCAUAGCAAACAAUGCACUGUAUUCAAGGAAAUAAAUUAUA